AUGAGAGGAAUUGCGAGGAAGGGGAUUAGAACGGUCGUGAAUUGUCAAGAAGGCGAUCAGAAAACGAGCUCGACUGAGAGGAGGAGCGAGGGAGAAGGAAACAAGAGCUCCCCGGCGAAUUCGUCGAAGCAGAAGGGAGGGAAGCAAGGUAAGAAUGGGCUAUGGUGGUCCAAGGGGAAGAAGAAAUGGCAGUGGGAGCCGAUAAUCAAGGCGCAGGAGAUUGGGGUUUUGCUGCUGCAACUGGGCAUCGUUAUGUUUGUGGUGCGAUUGCUCCGGCCAGGGAUCCCGUUACCUGGGUCGGAGCCUCGGACGCAGACGACGUUCAUGAGCGUGCCGUACAGCGACUUCUUGAGCAAAGUCAACAAUAACGAGGUGCAGAAAGUGGAGGUGGAUGGAGUUCAUGUUUUGUUUAAGCUGAAGGAUGAUGGGAAUCGGCAAGAGAGCGAGACUGGUAGUAGUAGUAAGCUCCCUGAGUCGUCGGAGUCUCUGCUCAGAAGUGCGACUCCGACUAAAAGGGUUGUGUAUUCGACGACAAGACCGAGGGACAUUAAAACGCCGUACGAGAAAAUGCUUGUGAAUAAUGUUGAGUUCGGGUCGCCGGAUAAGCGUCCCGGUGGCUUCUUCAACUCUGGACUGAUAGUGUUGUUCUACAUAGCAGUGCUUGCAGGGCUUCUCCACCGAUUCCCUGUUAGCUUUUCCCAGAGUACAACAGGCCAGCUUAGGACCCGCAAGUCUGGUGGUUCUGGUGGGGGGAAAGUUUCUGUUGAAGGUGUUGAUGAAGCAAAGGAAGAGCUGGAAGAGAUUGUGGUAGGUUUCUCAGUCCUUAGAGAUGCUGCGCCGUGCUUUGUUGAUGAUCUUGAAUUCCUCAAGAAUCCUGAUAGGUAUGUUCGUUUAGGCGCUCGUCCCCCUCGUGGUGUCCUAUUGGUGGGUCUUCCCGGAACAGGAAAAACCCUUCUUGCAAAGGCUGUUGCUGGGGAAUCUGAUGUCCCCUUCAUAAGUUGCUCUGCAAGUGAGUUUGUGGAGCUGUAUGUUGGCAUGGGUGCUUCCCGCGUAAGGGAUCUCUUUGCACGGGCCAAGAAGGAGGCUCCAUCAAUUAUAUUUAUUGAUGAGAUAGAUGCUGUUGCAAAAAGCCGUGAUGGUAAAUUCAGAAUGGUCAGCAACGAUGAAAGGGAGCAAACCUUGAAUCAGUUGCUCACUGAGAUGGAUGGUUUCGACAGCAGCUCUGCAGUCAUUGUUCUUGGAGCUACAAAUCGAGCUGAUGUCUUAGACCCUGCCCUGCGUCGGCCAGGGAGGUUUGAUCGUGUCGUUACGGUCGAAACACCUGACAAGGUUGGAAGAGAAUCCAUUUUGAAAGUGCAUGUUUCAAAGAAAGAGCUUCCUUUGGGAGAUGAUGUCAACCUUGGUAACAUUGCCUCAAUGACAACCGGUUUUACUGGGGCAGACCUUGCAAACCUAGUUAAUGAGGCUGCUUUGCUAGCUGGAAGAAAAAGCAAGACGACGGUUGAUAAAAUUGACUUCAUUCAGGCUGUGGAGCGAUCUAUAGCGGGCAUAGAGAAGAAAACAGCAAGGCUAAAAGGCAGUGAGAAGGGUGUGGUUGCAAGGCAUGAAGCUGGGCAUGCUGUUGUUGGUACAGCUGUUGCAAAUCUUCUUCCAGGACAGUCCCGUGUUGAGAAAUUAAGCAUAUUGCCAAGAUCAGGAGGGGCAUUGGGCUUUACAUACAUUCCUCCAACACAUGAAGACAGAUAUUUGCUCUUCAUCGAUGAACUACAUGGGCGCUUGGUAACACUUCUCGGAGGUCGUGCAGCUGAAGAGGUUGCUUACUCGGGGCGUAUAUCAACAGGUGCACUUGAUGAUAUCAGGAGAGCAACGGACAUGGCCUACAAGGCAAUAGCUGAAUAUGGUCUCAGCCAGAAAAUCGGACCCGUCUCUGUGUCUACACUCUCUGCUGGUGGGAUUGAUGACUCUGGGGGCUCACCAUGGGGAAGAGAUCAGGGGCAUCUUGUUGAUCUUGUUCAAAGAGAGUUGCCCCAGAGGAACUUGCUGUGUUCAUCAAAGGAAAACAAAGAGCUGUGCUUCCAGCAAAAGCUAGCUCCAGUUAACAUCUACAGGCCUCUUGUAUCUCCUAGGUCAGACCUGUGUAAGCAUCACUGA